AUGGUGCCCGACGAGCUGCCGAGGGGCUCCUCUUCCCCCCAGAUUGUUCAGAACACCUGUGAAGGCGCUGCUGACUUGGUUGGUGACGCUUCUGCCGGUGCUCCCCUGCAAGUGCAUUCCUCCGUUGGGGAUCAAACCGAACCACCGACAGCCCUGCAGAGUCUUGCUGAAGUCUCAGGAGAUACCAACACGCUGCAUGAAACAAGACCAGCAGCGAGAGGUGGCGUAGGGCAGGAUGCUAAGGAAGAAUACCCUAGUGGCCCAAGCUUGGGCAGAGAUGAAGAAGGUGAUGCAAAGGUAGAGUGCCAUGAAGCCGAUCCAGGAAAAUAUGCCUGCGGCGGCAUCCGGAUCCAUAUAUCAAGCGGUCUUGACGGGAUCAUGGGCAUGCUGGUGCGGAAGCAGAACCUGAAGCGAAUGGGUCUACUUGUGGGUGAAGGCUCAGAAUGCGCCUUGUGCCCAUUCAAAAGCUUUUCAAGGAAGGCCAUAUUACAGGAGAUAGGAAAGAGAGGGAAGGACUCGGACUGGACUGAACACAAGGCUCUCAUCAAGGCCUAUCCAUUAGAGGAUGUGCUGUUAGUACGAGAUGAUGCCGGAAGCUAUGGAUCAAAUUAUCUGAUGCCCUUCACUGAAAUAGCCUUCAGAGCAGUCCAAGAAGCAAUUAAGACAGCCAACGAUGACGCCGUCACAGCACGAGGAGAGGCGGAGUCGAGGAAGCGACAGGCGUUGGAAAUAGAAGCGAAAAAGCGGCUGAGGGACGAGAAUGCUGAUGUCCCUGUAACCCCUCGCGAGUGGCAGUCGGACACAGCGGAACUGACAGCAGCUGAGAUUGAAGGAAUGACAAUAAAAGCAAAAAGACUUCUAAUGAAACAAACGUUUCGCAAGAAGACAGGAGCCCUAAGAGCCCCUGCCCACUACCAGCCCUUUGCCGAUCGUGUUCUAUCCCUCAAGACUCCCAAAGUCAGUCUGCAAAGUUCAGCACUUGCCACUUCCUCCUUCGUUAAGCAGUUACCGAAUGCCCUCAUUUGUACCCCUCUUAGGACGCGAAAGCUUUCCAACCCUUUCCAGCGAAGUACCCAAUGCAGGUGCUUUAGAGCAAUUGCCUAUCGUACUCAUGAUGUUCAGGAUUCUCACUGCAUUGAUGUCAAGCAAGAACUUGACUUUGGUGUCCAAGCAGUCCCCUCAGUGACAGAUGCCUGGUCCCAGGCGGCAGGAGACGCAAUGAAGAAUGUGGAGAUACAGCAUGACUCAAAUGAUCUAACGCAGAAGGGAGCAGGCAUUCCAACUGCAGCAUCCCGCAAGAGCUUUCAGACUUUUUUCACUAAAGUGGCAACCAUGAUCGAGGAAGCUUUGCAGCACAACGAAACUGUAGACAUCCUUAAGCACGACUUGUCGCACAUGGAUGCCAACGCUGGCGAUGGAGCACAUCUGGAAACUGAAGAAGGGAUGAAAGAGGAAUUCACAUUCACCGACCUAUCCUACUCGAAGAACAAGCUUAUUUCGUUCGUCCAGUGGAUUCCUGAGUCACAAAAGCUGAUAGCGUGUGCGGCAAUGGACGCCUCUUCGUUUGAUGAGCGCGUGGAGGCUCCUGCUCGCUCUUCAAAGUCUGUAAUCCUUGUUUGGUCUCUUGAAAACCCGCUUGUUCCCCAGCAACUCUUUGUGGCUCCAUCUGGCGAGGCGUGUGGUUUUCGGCACUGCGUCGAGAGCUUUGCGGUGUUUAUAAAAGCCAACCAAAUACCACGCGUAGGAAUUUUGUGCGUCCAAGAUGAAUUGCAAUGUGGGAAGCGAGCUCCCUUAGAAUGCAGCAAAAUACCUCUGUCACCAUUAACACCUCCUAUUCUUCCUACCGGCCUGCGGUGUCUUUCCUUUUGCCCUUUCCCAAAACAAUCCUCAUUAAUUGCAGAUGCUACCCACACCGGGAAGCUUCAACCGGUGGUGGCUUCUUCAGCUAUUGAUUUCUCCCACAAGCGCCCGGUGCAGCACUUGGUGCCCCUUCCAUCGAAGUUAGAUUUCAGGCGUUCUCUUGCCAUUUACUUCAAUGCCCAAGCAGAAAAUGCCUUCUUUCUUUCAUGCGGGGCUGACGGAGGCGUAUAUGUAUGGGAUAUUACCGCUGCAGUUGCAGGUGCCGAUAACGCUGAAUUCCUAUGGAGGCCAGUACUCCAGUGUCAGCUGCGCAAGCAAGACCCAGGAACCGGCUACGAACUCAGAAGUGGUAGGGGCACGAUUGAUAAUGGAAAUAAGAUUUUUGAUAAAGUGCUUAAGGCAUUUUUGGCCGCCUUCUGGCCUUCAUGUUCCCACGUUGACCGCAGGGGGCACCGUUGGAUGCUGCCAGCUUAUCGUCAUCCCCAUGCCACCCCAGACUGUUUCGUCGGAAUUCUGGGCGGCUACGCCGAAGAAUUAAGAAGAAAAUGGGUGGAAAGUGUUCUCGAGACAUCCAACCGUAUUGCUUCACAGAAACCUAGGCCGCCUGCGUGCUAUUCGUGUGGCGUUUGGAGCCCUUCGCGACCAGGGGUUCUGUUUGUUGGGAGAACAGAUGGUACCCUAGAGGUUUGGGACCUCAGGGAUCAGCUGCAGAAACCAACAGCUCUUAGCGCAGUGUCUGCUACGCAGCUGACCUCUCUGGCCUUUCCUCAGUUGCAGCAACAAGGACCGCGGCAUCACCAACAUCCAAUCAGCUACGCUCGCAGCAAAUCAAGAAAGUUCACUAGGCAGCCUCCGAUAGUGGACGCAAUGACAAUAAGCAGUGAACCUAAUCCGACCCUUGCUUACCUAGCAAAUCCAGAUGAACUGAGCCAUAUUUCUGCAAUGCUUUUACGGGACGAUGGACGAGCGGAGUACCUGAACGAGAGGGAAGCUCUUCUUAAAAAGGCGCAAGAAGAGAAGCACAAGCGGCAAGUAGUUGAGAAGGAGUCAGAAGAGGUGGAGACUAUAUCCGAGGCUGAAGUAGAAAGCCUUGAGCUUGAAGCAAUGGAAGCUGAGUACAAAGCAAUGGAGGCGGCAUUCCUUAAGAACCAAUAA